CUUCCUCCUAGAUGUGCGGAGGCAGGAGGACGAGGAGGAGGAGGUGGCGGCGGCGGCGGGAGCUGCAGCUGCGUCUCCGGCACGGGCUGCCUGCGCGCUCCGGGCAGCCGUGAGCCGAGGGGGGCUGCAGGGCUUGGCUGCAUCCUCCGCGUCGCUGCCUCUGAGCUGUCCUCGCCCGCCAGCCGCCCACCCAGCCAGCCAGCCCGCCUGCCUGAUCCUCCUGCAUCCUUUCAUUCGCUGCCGCCGAGUCUCUUCUGCCCUCCCCUUCAAUUUUAAACCCCCCUCCCCAAAUCUGGCGGCAAGUAAAGUGUCUUCAUGAACCCCAAGGAUGUCCGGGAAGCAUUAUAAGGGCCCUGAAGUCAGUUGUUGCAUCAAAUAUUUCAUAUUUGGCUUCAAUGUCAUUUUCUGGUUUCUGGGCAUAGCAUUCCUUGGAAUUGGACUAUGGGCCUGGAAUGAAAAAGGCGUGCUGUCGAACAUCUCCUCCAUCACGGACCUGGGAGGCUUUGAUCCCGUUUGGCUCUUUGUUGUGGUGGGAGGAGUUAUGUUCAUCUUGGGCUUCGCAGGAUGCAUUGGAGCUCUGCGAGAGAACACCUUUCUCCUCAAGUUUUUCUCAGUAUUCCUGGGAAUCAUCUUCUUCCUGGAGCUCACGGCUGGUGUUCUGGCCUUUGUCUUCAAAGACUGGAUCAAAGACCAGCUAUAUUUCUUCAUCAACAACAACAUCCGAGCCUACAGAGAUGACAUUGACUUGCAAAACCUCAUAGACUUUACGCAAGAAUAUUGGCAAUGCUGUGGGGCUUUUCAGGCAGAUGACUGGAACCUCAACAUCUACUUCAACUGCACAGACACCAAUGCCAGCCGAGAGCGCUGCGGGGUGCCCUUUUCUUGCUGCACUAAAGAUCCUGCUGAAGAUGUCAUUAAUACUCAGUGUGGCUAUGAUGCCAGGCAAAAACCGGAAGUUGACCAACAGAUUGUCAUCUACACAAAAGGUUGUGUCCCCCAGUUUGAGAAAUGGCUGCAGGAGAACCUAACUAUAGUAGCUGGGAUCUUUAUUGGAAUUGCGUUACUGCAGAUAUUUGGGAUAUGCCUGGCUCAGAACCUGGUUAGUGAUAUCGAAGCUGUCCGAGCCAGCUGGUGAUCUCGCUGAGGCGAGCGGCACAAGACACUGGGCCAUCCCAGCCAUCCAGACCGCUAACUGGUGUGCCCUUUGGGCACCGAGCAGCAUAGAAACGAGUGAUGGGGAAGCCUGAGUCAUCCCAGGUUGUUGUAACUGCAGUGGGCCCUUGUUUUUUCCAAGGGGAACAGCUACAGCCACCACCGACUCACUGACAAAACUUUCUCAAAAUCUCCAGUCUGAAACUCGUUGAGCCGUGAAUCUCUACUGUAUCCCUGACUUGAGUCCCAGUGGAAGCUCCUCCCUCCUGUCUGUGGUAAAAGGUCUCUGUUGCUGGGACCUCCGCCACUGCGGCAGAGUUUAGUGAGUUUUGCCGUCUGUCCUCCACGGCACAAGCUUGUCUGUGGCUGCCGACAGCGAGGCAAUUUUCCUCUUCAGUGCGCUCCAAAGGAAUGGUGUGUUUUCAGCAGACAAAGAGGCUCCAAAGUCCUUCUGGAAAGAAACCCAUCAAACAGAAAACCACUUUCUGCUUCUUUGGCUGGGCGCUUAAAAGCAAGAAACAAUCCCUCUUCCUCCGAAGCGUCAAGAUCUGCUCCGCCAUGCCCUCUGCUGGGGACCAAGAGCUUUAUUUCUUAUCCUCUUGCAGCCUUUUGCUAGGGAGACAAAUGAAUGUGAGGUUUAAAGGCAACAGACUCUGAGGAGCGAGGCGGCUAGGAUCACUCGUUAUAAUUUUUAACAGGUGGCGGUGUAUAAAGAGUGUAAAUGGGGACAUUUUGGACCAACUUUGUAAUAAAGAGAAUGAGAAAUAUGGUGAACUUAAAAGGAAAACACAUCACAGUAUACCAAAUUUUAUGGGGUAGAAGUAUGGAUUCUGUGGAAGUACAUUUAUUUGGUAUAACCUUUGGUCAUUGUUGUGGUAGACUUUGACACAGUUGGACAGAUGUAUAAUGUGGCCCCCAAAUUCUCCUUAGGUGGAACUUCUGUCUCCCAUUCUUUUCUUGCAUGUGGUUGCCUAUAAUCUUUGAAAUCUGUUCAGUGAGGCUUCGUUUUUGUAUCUGUGUUUCUGAGUAGGCUUCCAAUUAAGACUCGCUUAUUUAUUUGAGUAAAAGUGGAUGAAAUGAUGAACCAUUCACAUCCCCUCAUUUUGUAAAGAUUGGGGAAAUCUGUUUUUUCCUGUGGCUCUUGUUCCAGUCUGUUGGCCCCAUAGACACAUUUGCAUCUAUUAAAACAUUCUUUCUCUCUUACUGAUCAAAACCAGUAACGCUUCACCUAUGUAUUUUUUU